AUGGAAUGGCUUGGAGUACCAUUUGGACUGUUGAACGGAACGUCUGCCCUAGCACGAUGGCUCUACCUGAACGUAAUCGACCUUGAAGGCAUCGCUGUUUAUGUUGAUGAUAUUGUCAUCCAUGCAGAUGAUGAAUCUACAUUACUCAAGUACUUUGAAGCCAUGAUGAAACGUCUAUGUGAAAUUGGUGCCCAUGUCAAUGUCGGCAAAUGCAAGUUUGGCAUAGAAGAGAUUGAAUUCUUAGGUUUCAAUAUAAAGGCAGGCAAGUUAACUCCGCCUGUCGAAUCCAUCAAUGCUAUUAAUGCGAUCAAGGUCCCACAUGAUACUACUACCAUCCGUCGAUUCUUAGGGAUGGUUGGGUAUUUCAGGAGUUUCAUACAAGGGUUUGCUGAAAUUGCAGGGCCACUCUACGAACUACUUCAAAAGGAUACUACUUUCAAGAUGACUACUGAAAGACUUAAUGCUUUUCACCAAUUACAAAAGGCUCUGACAGAAUGCCCUACUCUUACAAACCCACAUCCGAGCUGGCCAUAUGUGCUAGAAACCGAUGCUUCUACUACUGCCAUUGGGGCAUGCUUAAUGCAAAUGGAUGAUCUACAUAAUCUACAUCCUGUUCGUUUUGGAUCCCGGCGGUUAACAGCUGCUGAGCGAAAUUGGCCAAUCUAUGAAUUAGAAGGAUUCGCUGUCGUUCAUUUCAUCCUCUUCAAUGGCUGUGGAAAAUCGAUAAGCCUAGACUUGCUAGAUGGUCUAUGA